AUGACAACGCGCGAAAAAAUUAAUACCGAACUAAAUAAAGCAAAAGUAAGAUUGGGGAAGGCGGAAGAAGAUCUGAGGAGAUGGAAUGAAGAGUGGAGAGGGAAGCUGAACCAGUUGUUGUUGGAAGGAGUGGCAGAAAGGCUUGAGCUGUUUAUUUUCUUAAAAGAAGAACUGAAGUCGUUAAAAGCGGAAAAGAAGAAGAAGGAAGAUCUAGUGGAGUAUUUCUUAAAAAAAUUAGUUGAAUUUGACGAAGAAAAAGAAAAUUUACAAGCUAUUCAAUAUAUUCGACGUGUUUUUAAUAUCACUGGUGCUGUUAAUGAAAAUUUACAUUAUGUUGUCCCAUUACAAGAAUUAAGGGGUGCUUCUAUCAUGGAACGCAUUGCUUAUGGUGCUAAUCUUCUUCUUCAUGGUGCACGCCAGACUGGAAAAUCAUCACACCUUGAAUAUGUUCGCUCUGUUGCUCUCAGAGGAUGGCUUCCUGAUAUCAAUUCUCAGGUUAUUAAAAGGCAUUGUAGUAAAGGAUUAAUAGUCAUUCAAUUGAACUUUGAGCUUGUUGAUUUUUCAUCAUUGGAUAGUUUUUGGGAUUCUAUUUUUUCAAUGUUAGCUAAAUAUAAUCCUAAGCAUUUUGACAUUGACAUAGAAGCCUUGCAAAAACUUUCACCUGCUGCAAAAAAACAGGCUUUUCAGAACUUAUUUCUUUUAGAAAAGUUCACAAAAUUAGUUCUUUUACUUGUUGAUGAAUUUGAUAUGAUUUUGGAACAAAUUACUAUCAAAUUAGAGUUUUUAUCUGCAUUACGUGGUUUACGAAAUUCAUGUUCUGCAUCUUUGGUUGACGAGCAAAUGAAUAGUCAUAUGUUAUAUUCUUUUGUAGCUGCUGGAACAUAUAACAUUGUAACACUUCUUGACUCAGUACCAAAUCAAGACAUUUCUUUUGGCAAAAAUGAAAUACUACCACAUUUUAUGUAUCAAUCACCAUUUAAUAUUAGUGAGAUUAUGUGGGUAGGUUUUUUUAGUAUAGAACAAACUCAAAAAAUGUUUCAAACUGCUUAUGAAGAAAGUCAUUGGCAUUUGCGUAUGGAUCUAGAUAUUCUCAAUUCAAUUGCCACAGAUAUUUAUGAACGUACUCAUGGUCAUCCAGGACUCACAAGUCAGUGUGGUCAGAUACUUAAAGAUGAAGUUUUAAGUAGAAAAUCAAAUGUAUUAUUGAAGCAUUGGAAAAAAUAUGCCUCAGAGAAUCUAAUUAACCGGUUGGUUCAUACAUCCACUUUUGUAAGAAUGUUGGAUAAAUUAAAUCAUUUACAUAAAUCACAGAGUCAACUUGUCACAGCUGCGAGAAAACUUCUCACUACUUAUUUAUAUCACACUUUUCUUGCUGAACCAACAUUAAAUGUACUUCCUGCUGUUGAUUAUCUAAUAGCAAUUGGUAUUUUUAUUAGAAAUGAAGAUAAUGAUAUUGUUUUUUCAUCACCCAUCAUCAGACAUCUUUGUUUUGAACGAUUUAUAAUAAUUCAACAUAAAUAUAAUACGAGUAAUAUCCUAGAAUUUUUUUCUCCUGAUAAUGGGUCUGUUAAAAUAUUAAUACUUCUUCAACAUGCAGUUAAGCUGUUACAUCCGCAAACAUUGAUUGCACAAGAAGUACAAAACUGUAGAAAAAUUGCUGAAUAUAUAGUUCACUUUGAACUUUAUGCAAAUAUCCGUCAUAUAAUACAGGCAUUAAAUGAUGAGAUGACUCAUAUGUUUGGAUAUGUUUGGAAUACCUUUUCUGUCUUACUUGAAGCAAAAUAUUCAGCUAAGAUGAGACAACAACGUCUAGAUUUACUUAUUUAUAAUAGCAAGAGAUUUGCUAUAGAAUUGAAGGUAGAUUCAACAUCUGAGAAUGAAGUAUAUGAUGCAAUUUCACAACUUGAAGAUUAUGCAGAUGCAAUGGAUGCUGAUGAAUCCUAUCUUAUUAUAUAUACUAAAAAUCUUCCAAAUAUAUAUAAGCAAAUAGCUAUGUUAACACAAUUUAUUAUUAUUUGGCUUGUUAACAAAGAAGGACAAAGAAAAUUAGAUUUUGUUAUUGCAAAUCAAGAGAUAAUUGAGAUUGAUUUACAAAAACAUUUCUAA